AUGGGUCAUUCAACAGCAACGACGCUGGACUCCCCUAGCGGGAGUCAUGUCAAGAUUGGACUCAUGCGUGAAAGGCGAGCUACAGCUACCAAGAUACGGCCCGGGACUGCAGCCAUGUCUGACAGUGACAUGUUCAAAUUACCUCCCGGAGAUGGGACACUUCAAGCACACUUCAGUAGCGAGAGCAACCGUCCGCCUUGUAUUCUCAAACAAGCCGCCGGGUACAUCAACACACCCGGCCUCAUCUCCCUUGGGGGCGGAUUACCUUCUAGCGAAUACUUUCCCAUCUCUGAGAUCGCCAUACGUAUACCUGACGUCUCUCAGAAGCAGGAUCCACUGGACUCGCCUGCUAGCACCGCCCAGAUAGCUCGCAUUGGCAAAUACGAUACCGCGAGCGGCAUCUCGGACUACGACAUAUCUAUUGCCUUCAACUAUGGUCAGGCAACUGGAUCCCCACAGAUGAUGCGCUGGGUGACAGAGCACGUUGAACUUGUCUACAAUCCGCUUUAUGCAGAUUGGGCUGUAUGUCUGACAGUCGGAAGUACGGGGGCUCUGGAGCAGACAGUUCGUAUGCUCUGCGACAGGUCCAGGAAUGAUUCUAUCCUCACAGAAGAGUAUACCUUUGCAACUGCCAUGGAGACCUUUGUUCCACAGGGCAUAAAGGCCUUUGGAGUCAAGAUGGACGAGGAGGGUCUACUACCUAGUCACAUGGACCACGUUCUGGAAACCUGGGAUGAAGAGGCUCGAGGCGCUCGGAAGCCGCAUCUUCUUUAUACUGUACCAUCAGGGCAGAAUCCCACCGGUGCGACGCAAAGCCUCGAGCGGCGACGUGAGAUCUACAGUGUCUGCCAAAAGCACAACAUUUUCAUCAUCGAAGACGAGCCCUACUAUUUCAUCCAAAUGAAACCCUAUACAGGACGGGGGACUGACGUCGCGGAGAGUGAGACUGUUGAUGACUUCCUGUCCAGUCUUGUCCCAUCGUACCUCAGUAUGGACGUUGAUGGCAGGGUUCUUCGAAUGGACUCAUUCUCCAAGGUUUUGGUUCCCGGUUCGAGAAUGGGUUGGAUAACGGCUAGCAAGGAGGUCAUACAGAAGUAUCUCUGUCACGCUGAAGUGGCAAAUCAGGGACCCAGUGGUAUAUCGCAGCUGAUCGUCUGGAAACUAGUGGAUGAGACGUGGGGCCAUGAGGGUUACAUCAACUGGCUUAUUGACCUGAAGACGAACUACACCAGGAGACGCAACGCCUUACUCGCAGCUUGUGAAGAUUACCUACCCACUGACAUCGUAUCGUGGACGCCUCCGGCCGCGGGCAUGUUUCUAUGGCUGAAACUGGAUCAUACUAAACAUCCAGACUACCGGCAUCGUAGCCUGGGUGAUAUCGAGGAGGAAAUCUUCCAGCAUAGUAUUAAGCAGGGAGUUCUGUUUGCUCGGGGCUCGUGGUUCAGAGCCGAGGCGCACAAGGAAGUGAAUGAGUUGUUUCUGCGGGUCACGUUUGCGAGCGCUGCUGAGGAGGAAAUUAAGGAAGACUGGCGAUGGAACAUUAACAAAUAUUCUGGCCAGUCUCCUCUUCAAGACCCUGGUGCGGCUAAAGGAUCGCAAUCCCUGCAAGGCAGAAUCGACGUUUCCGUUUUGUAUCAACAAUUCUUCUUAUUCCCUUUCUCAAUGGCAAGCUCAGAAGACCCUGUUCCUCCAUACCGCGGCGCCCCUUUCCCAACGAAAUGGCGCCGAAACCACCCACGGUCAAAGAAUGGAUGUCUUACGUGUCGCACUAAACGCAAGAAGUGCGAUGAAAUCAAGCCAGUCUGCUCAUCGUGCACUCGAACUGGACAAGAAUGUGUUUGGCCCACCCAAGAGAACACUUCUCAAAGAGCUAUUCCAGAAGACGGCAAUGCCAAUGAGCCACUCGGAGUCUCUGACCCUUCAACGGACUCAGCAGCCUUGCAGUACACGUCCCGUUCACCUUCUCCUCAGGCUGCCCCGACCUACGGCAAUCUAGCUAAUAUAAGUGAUAACUCGCGUCCGCUUUAUCAACAGUACCUAGAUGUCACAGCUGAAAUGCUGACUCGAGGGCCCUGCCUGGAUGGAAAUCCCUUCAUUCACUAUCUUCUCCCAUUGGCUGCAACUGAUACGCUGGUUCUUGAUUGUAUCCUAGCUAUUGGAGGAGCCCAUCUGACUGUCAAUGACACGACUUCUACUAUCCAGAGAGCUCGAGCUUUGGAAGUUGCGACUCGUGGUCAUUAUGCAACUGUACUAGCAGGAUUACAGAAGCUUCUGUCUUAUGAAACGGGUCAGAUCACCCUCCCGGAUGAACUUACCGGUCCACCUACCCCAAUCCGUAUCCUGCUGAUUUUAUUACUCCUCUGCGUAUACGAUCAUGUUCAAGGCCAUUCUCGAGGCUCCAUGUAUCAUCAUCUCAAAGCUUGUGGACAGUACAUCAAUAUCCUCACAUCUGAGCCCACGCCACCUGAUGAAUUGAAAUGCCUGAAAGGAUUUAUCCUGGAGCUCUAUGCUUAUCAUGCGAUCAAAAUCACCAUCACGCCUCGUAGCUUUCUAUCUGACGAGGUAGUGGAAAUUGACCCAUCGGUUUAUUCAUUGGACAUACUAAAAGAGUACAAAUCCAGAGGAUUUCUGCUCGGAUUCGGGCAGGGUCUGUGGGAGAUGGUCCCGGAGAUCUCUCAGAUUGUCGAAGCUCGUCGGGAAGAAGAGAAGAGAGGCGUCAUAGCCACUACCGCUUUUCAGGAGCAGUACAAUUCACUUUUAACGCGACUAGAAGGCUACAAUGCAUUUGAAGAAGACACGAACGGUCUUUGCUCACGCGAAGAACAGGAUGCAGCUGUGGUGAUAUAUCAGAAUGGUCUCAUCGUAUAUCUGCAGUCAGCCUUUCACCCGGACAUGCUUACGGAUCCGAACCUCGCCGCGGAACUCGAAAAUCGAGUCGGGCGGACCAUGUCAGCCUUUUAUUCAUUGUUUGUUAGCGAGUCACCAUAUCGUCGAAUGCUCCUCUGGCCGGGCACUAUCAUGGCCUCAGUCGCAUGGCAUCAGGAGCAUAUCCGCGUGUUCCGUGCUGGAUUCUUGGCCAGAGCUUCACGUACCCCUGGUGCUGUCAAGAUGGGGGCAAAGAUAGUUGAACUUCUUUGGAGUGAUCCUGAUCCUCGAGCCUUCGGUCCAAGAGGUGUGGCUUAUAUAAUGACCAAGCAUGAUAUUAGCUUGAGUUUAUGCUGA